UGGCCUGUCGCUCCGGGCCGGGCCCCGCGUCUCGUUCCAGCCCCUCCCGACGGUGCCCCCCUCUGGGGAGGGAAAGGUGCCACCUCAGUCACCGCUCUGCAGGGUCCGCCUGAGCCGCCUGCGUCCAGUGGCUUGCAGUCUUUCCCAGCCCUCCCUUCUGCUUACGGAGACACUUUGGUGAACAUUUUCCUGCACGACCCCAUCAUCUGUCCUCUCUUGUCACCAUCAUUCUCCCCAUGUCUGUUCUGGGGAGUGACAGCCUCUCCUGAAAUAGCACCCCCGGGAUCAGUGAUGACUCCCACCCUGGAACCACCGUCUUCAGUCACCAACCACAGGGAAGGAGAGGUGAAGGGGGAGACGCAGAGUGAGGACCACCUGUUCAUUAACUCAAGGAGCAGCUCUCCACUGCUGCUAAGCUUGAGGCCGGAAGACGUGCUGUGCUGUGACUCCUCGGAGCAGAUGAGAAGGGGUCUCUGCCCAGAAGCCGAGUAUGGCUGUGUCACUUGUGGAAACAAAGAUGCGGUUGGUGAUGCUGCCGGACGCUGUGGUCAGGGUCCAGCAGGAGACAGACAGCAGAAGGUCUCUUCGUGCCUGCUGGAGGUCUGAUUGGCACUGCCUUCUAUUUGCCCUUAAGUGGGGGUAAGCGUUGCCAAGGGGCUGGGGAACGGGUCCCUGGGAGGC